AUGAAGCCCACGCGCAUCCGUGGUUACGGCGAACUGCACCCGUGCAAGUAUACCGUCGCUGGACAUGCUGGCCCCAUGUGCGACCCAGACGGAGAAAUCUUCAUCAAGCCCUGCACGCAGGCCGAGAUCAACUUUUACGCGAAGACCCGAGGAACCACAUUCGCCAACAUUAUGCCCACCUGCAUGGGCACCCUAUUACUCAGCACUCCCUCCGACCUCAAAAUAGACGAUGCCGUGACUGGUGUCAUCACGGACGCUGGCGCCAUCCAGACCGCCAAGGAGCAGAUCGAAGCGGUAAUCGCAGAGCAGGUCUUGCGCGCUCCAGCCGAGGGGCCGACGCCGAACGAGCCCCCCUAUGUGCCCAGCAAUGGAGGGGAGAUUGAGACAGACUUGGCACUCGUGCUGGAAAACGCCACCAAAGGUUUUGUCAAGGCCAACAUCCUCGACGUCAAGCUCGGGCAGCGGCUGUACGCCGACGAUGCAACCGCGGAAAAGCAGCUGCGCUUUCAGGAACUUACGAAGAAAACCACGCAUCAAAAUUUGGGAUUCCGCAUAGCGGGCAUGCGGGUCUAUCGCGGGUCGGACGACCGGGGGAUCCUACAGGAGGAUAGCUACCGAGUCUAUGCCAGGGACUACGGCCGAUGUGACAUGAAAGACGACAACAUUCACGACGGGUUCCGCAGCUUCGUUCACAACGAAGCUGCGGGCAUCGACGAGGAGCUCGCCAAGGCCGUAUACCAGGGUUUUGCGCAAGUGGUCAAGACUAUUCAAGAAACUCUGGAGGCACAUGAGACAGUCAUGUACUCGUCGUCGCUGCUCUUUGUUUUUGAGGGCGAUGGAAAGGCGCUCCGUGCCGCCAUCGAGCGCAACAAUGAAAUGGUAACGGCCAUCGAGACAGCCGUCGAGGCCAAGGAGGCUAAUCGCACCACCCAGCGCACUGAUAGUGGUAUUGCUAUGGGCGAUGACGAGCUGACCGAGGCUGCUGUCUUGGGCGACGGCCAUGACGAGGACGAAGGUAUAGACCUGGACAUUGAGGCCCCGCGGGUGUUGUCGGUGAAACUCAUUGACUUUGCACACGCGAGGUUCAACAAGGGUGGGGGAUGCGAUGAGAACUUGCUGAUGGGUGUCCGGAGCCACGUCGAAUCAUCGACGCGCAUCGUCGCGCUGCGCAAGGCCGGCGAGUGGCGCUUCCACCUCGCGCCGGGGACUACAAUCAGCGUCAAGCUCGUCUCCGGGACAGCCGAGAAGGACGGCGUCGAGCUCGCGCCUCGCAGCGCGUACAAGUUUGCCGGCCCGCUGCGCGGCAAGCUGCUGACCUGGCACGGGUGCGAGCUCGAGGUGGACGGGCGGACCGACUCCGACUCCAUCGCUGCCUUCCCCGCGCCCACGAACAACCCGGCAGCGUCCUACGUGAACCUGCACGGGCGGCUGGCAGCGCUGCGCGCCACGGCGGCGGCGUCGACGCGCGAGGGCCCGCGGGUGCUGGUGGCGGGUGGGCGGGCGACGGGCAAGACGACGCUGGUGCGGACACUGGCGAGCUACGCGACGCGGCAGGGGCGGCAGCCGCUGGUGGUCAACGCGGACCCGGGCGAGGGCGCGCUGAGCCUGGCGGGCACGCUGAGCGCGGGCGUCUUCGCGACGGUCAUGGACCCCCUCGCGGCGGACGGCUGGGGCGGCACCCCGACGAGCGGGCCCAGCGCGGUGCCGGUCAAGCUGCCGCUGGUGUACUACUACGGGCGCGAGUCGGCGGAGGCCGACCCGGACGUCUACAAGCGCCUGUUCGGUCGCCUGGCGGACGGCGUGAGCGCGAGGCUCAGUGAGGACCCGGACGUUAAGGCGUCGGGCGUCCUGGUGGAUUCGAUGGGCGUGGAGGCGGGCAGCGCGCGCGGCCUGGACCUGCUGGCGCACAUGGUCGAUGAGCUCUCAGUGAAUAUUGUCAUCGUGCUGGGCACGAGUGGUCUGAAUGGAGAGAUUGCGAGUCGCUUCGCUACGGAGAAGACGAGCCUGGGCGAACCCAUUCAGGUCAUCACGCUAGACAAGUCGGACGGCGUGGUGGACAGGGAGGAGUCGUUUACGGAGCACUGCCGCGAGGCUGUCAUCAAGGAGUACUUUUUUGGGGACGUGCGGCGGACGCUGAGCCCUCAGAUCCAGCAGGUCGACUUUGACAGCCUCGUCAUCUACAGGUUGCCCGAUUACUCCGACUACGAAACCGAGACGCUGGUGCGGGAGGAGGUGUGCUCAUCGAUGGAGCACUGGACGCUGGCGGUGAUGCACGCGUCGGUGCGGGACUCGCCAGAGACGAUCCGGACGGCGAGCGUGAUGGGCUUCGUGUACGUGGCCGACGUGGACGAGCAGAAGCGCAAGGUCAAGAUGCUGGCGCCGGUGAGCGGGCGGCUGGGCGAUCGGCCGCUCGUGUGGGGGCGGUGGCCAGAGCCAUUUAUCAAUUUGUUAGGCUGA